AUGAGCCUUUUUUGCUGGGUAUUAUUAGUGGCGAUCUCACUAUAUUCUGCUGAUGCCUACAAAUUCCUGGUCUUCUCUCCCAUAUACGGUUACUCGCACACUAACUUCAUGGGCACCCUUGCUGAUACCCUAACGGAAGCUGGACAUGACGUGACCGUAUUGAUGCCAAUAUUGGAUGAGGAACAGAAAAAUAAAACUGGAGUGAAGUUAACCAAAAAAGUCAUAAAAACCCCACCGGAUCCGCGUAAUCACGUCAUGGCACAACACAAGAAUGAUAUAUUGGGCAAAAUGUGGACAUUGGAACCAUCCAUUUUCGGAGUUCUUCAGGUAACCACUUCAACACUCUAG